UAAAACAGUGGAUUAUUUUGCUGUCGGCGACAUUUUGUUUAAAAGUGUUUUAAAGUUAUCAGGAAACAAUUUCACGUAAUUUUGAGAGUGGUUUUCUGAUCAAACAUCUUUUCUUAUUUCGGUCCUUUAUUUUGAUCUAGUAUAUAGUGGAAGUUGACAGUUUUCAAUUGAAAGUAGGAUGAAUGAAGUUGUUGAUAUAAUAAUAUAACAUCGAGGAGGAUCACACAAACCUCUCUACUGGAGAUUUUCAGAGAUGUUGGAGACACAGAUUGAAGAUGACGACCGUGCUUAGAGAUGAUAAUGAUUCUUGGUAUGGAAUUGAAAAAUCCAUGAAGAGGAGUUAAAUGUGCAAAGCCAGUAUUUUGUGCAAGCAGGGAAUUUAAGACUUGCUAUGGAUUAAGAUACUUGGAACGGUUCGGUUUCACCGAAGGAGCAAAUCCCUAAAGAUUUUUUAAUCGACUCUUGGUUGCGAAUGACGAAUCGAAGAUGGCUCUAUUUAUAUCUCCAGGUGUAAAAGUGUAAAAGCCUACAUUCAAUAAAAUCCACAUAAUUUAGAGUUAGUUACACGGGGAUGCAACUUUUAAGAUUGUUCCAAGGAGAUUAGAAGCAUUGCAACUCUACUGUGUACACAUAAUUGUCGACCAUACUAUAAUGCACAAGGACAGUGAUACGCAAAAAAAUAUUUCCCCGCAUUUCAAAAAGAGGUCUGGAACCACAGACAGGGGCAAAGACUACGAACACUUAUUUAUAGCAGAAGCAAGUUUAAAAUUACUCAAAGAUGCACAAGUUGAGGAUUUCUACAUAUCUUCAAAUGACGAAAAAUUUGGUUCAUUUGACGACGUGGUACUCGAAAUAAAACACCACAACAUACCUGACAUACAUACAUAUGCCCUCCAACUGAAGCACAAAAAGAACAACGUUUUAAAAAUUGAAGAUCUUACUGCAAAAAAGGGUAAUUUUAGUAUUAGCGAAUACUACAAGCAUACCAAACUGGAAGGUCCAGUUAAAACGAUUUUAUUUACUAACUGCAAACUUCAAAAAAACUCAAACGAAUUUCAAGUUAUUUUGAACGAAACGGUAACGGUUGAUGUGGUAAUUGAAACUUCUAAACCGGAAGAUUUAGUAAACACUGCGCCCAAUGGCCAGUGUUACAAAUUCAAAUCAGAUCCAAAGUAUGAGAAUUUUUUUGAAAACUUUUUCUUGUACGUUGGACAAUCAAGCUCGGAACACUUACGAACAAAAUGUCUCGACACAUUUCAACGCAUGUAUCAAUGUGAUGAAUCGGUGUUUAACGAAUAUCUCACGUUUUUAACCAACUGGAGUAUGAUUGAAGACAAGAAGGAAAAAUUAACCAAAUCGUGGAUUAAACGUGUGAUCGUCCACCAAGUGUUGUCGCCUUUCAUUAAACCUUUGUCAUUCCAAUUUUCAAACGUAGAAAAGAAACAAAAAAUGCUCCAAAAUGCCAUGUCAAAUUUUAAAGUAACAAUACUUGGUGAAGGAGGUUUUGACAAAGUGAGGAGACUCUGGCGAGAUGCUGCGCUUGAAGUGGACAUGAAGGAACUUAACAAAAUCUGCAGAAAAUAUUCAGUGGGGUCCAAAUACAUAGAAAAAAUUGAUGACUCAGUUGAGAUCAGCAAAUUAUUGUGGCUCAUGGAUAAGUGUCCUUUGGUGGUCGAAGGGGAUCCAAAAACAUUGCCAGCAAUUGAUUUAAGUGACCUUGGACGGUUUGUCAUCGUAAAUCCACAGAUGCAAUUGGCGGAAAGGCCUCAUUUUCAACAACUAUCUCAUUUAAAAAAUGAAGAACCGGUGAUAUUUGAAGACAUUGUAAACAACUUCACCUUUUCCCUGGAAGGCCAAAGGGAAACACUGUUGAAAGUCUUACUCCACCAAGACGAAGAGUUUGAAAAUAUUAUCACAACCGAUCACUUGGUGCAAAUGCUUGUUGGUCCUCUUGUAAUUGGUGAGGUCAAGGAAGUUUUGCCUUCUUACUACGUCGCAAGGACAAUGUCCCGAAUCAUGAUCAAGUUGCAAUAUUUGAGCGAAUUCCACGAAAACACAGUGGUUAUAAUUUCGCAGGUGCAAAAUCUCGAAAUGUUUAAAUCACGUUUCAAGCAACUUAAAAUUGUGGUGAUUGGGACCAAGGAAGAGUGUGGAGAUGGUAAUAAAGUCAUUUAUGUGUGUCAAGAGGAGUGUACUCAAGAAGCGUUCGAAGAAUUGUGCUCUCAAGGGGUAAACUGUCACCACUUUAGAUAUUUCAGCGAAGGUUUGGAGUGGAUUCGGAGCAAGAACGGUGUCGAGGAGCUGCGCAAUUUUCAAAUUAACGAUUAUAAAGACUUGACAGAGUCGGAAUUAUUUGACUCAUCAAGUAACCUAGUUAACGUCAUUUGUGAGAACCCUGGAAUGGGCAAAACAGUUCUGAUGAAAAGUCUGAAAAUUAACAGGAAAUGUUGGACAAUCAUGAUCUAUUCACGAAAUCAUGGUUCCUACUUCCGGAAAAAUGGGCCAGACGUUGAACACUUUCUAAACUAUAUUGUGGACGCCAACUGCAAACACUACACAACUUUUGAUAGAACAGUUUACAAAAAGUUGGCAAGGAGCAGAAAUUUCGAGUUGAUUUGGGACGGUCUGGAUGAAGUUUCUGACACCACCUUGAGGCAUAUCACAAGUGUUAUUCAUGGUAUCACGAAAAAAGGGCACAAACAGUGGAUUACGUCUCGCAACAAUUUGGUCCAAAGAUUGGAAAGGGAGUUUGGCGUUUUUUCCCGUUCAGUUCAUCAGUUCAAGGAGGAGGAACAAAAGAGUUAUAUUCGAGAUCGGUUAAGUUGUUCCGAAGAUGAGUUGUCUUCAAUUUUUGAAAAAAUCCAAUCAAACAUACAACUCUUCCCCAAAAACACCAUUCUAGGGAUACCGCUACAAAUCUAUAUGAUCACCGAACUAUUUUUCGAAAAUAUCGACAAGUACUUAGCCCUCUUGUCGCAAAUCUUCACGGUCGCAGACUUGUACGAACACUUUGUGCACAAAAUCAUUUACGAUAACUACAAGGAGAAGAAGGAUUUCAAUUUCGACAUUGACGCCAAUUGGGACGAAUUCGAAGAGAAGAAAAUAACAAUGUUGGAACAUUACCAAAGAAUUGCGCUUCAAGUGUAUUUCGAGGAUGAUCCACAAAUCCCUUUAAGCAAAGACGCUAUUGGUUUCAUUGUAAACGUUGGCGAUGGCAAUGGUCAAUUUUUGCACAACUCGUACGGCGAGUACUUUGCCGCGUUGUUUUUCACAAAGCGCGAAAAUUUUGCAAAAAUACCACCAGAAUUCUAUGUUGACGAAUGGUUUAACAACAUUCGAUUUUUUCGCGAUUUGAUAUUGGCUCAAAGUUGCAAAGCCCACAUUGCUGUCUUGUACAAAAACCCCCAGUUGUUGGAACAAUGCGCCCAAAACGAUAUUUUACAGAAAGAUGCAGCUGGGCGGAGCAGUUUCCAAGUUUCGUGCACUUGGAGUAAAAAGUACCCACGUUUGGAGACAAUGAAACGCUCCAACUAUUAUUUUAUUACUAAUACCGCCAUUUAUAACUUAAGCAAAGGCGAUUUCGAACAUUUUGACCCAAACGACAACUCCUUACCGUCAAAAUUCGACAAAAUAUGCGACCUGACAUUGCGAAAAAUUCUGUUACUGUUCCCGUUUAUGACACCGUUCUGGGAAAGUAUUUUUGACGAGUUCCACGUCCCUUCACUUCUGUACUAUGCAGUCAAAUUUGAUUACGACUUGGUUUUUAAGUCGUUUGACCAAAUUCCUUUUAUCAAAAUAUCGAAUUCCUCAACAACACUGUUAGAUUUUGCUAUAGAAUCACUAGCUUUCAAUUGCAUAACCCAUCUGAUGUCCAACCAAUUGUACAAAAGUCGUGUCUUUGAAGACGAAAAAUGUUCAUUCAAAAUUUGCAUCCUACAAUCAACUAAAUUGUUGAGAAUUUUCGAAAAUCAUGGAUGGGACAUAAACCAGUUGCACCGCGGAAUUGGGAUUUUGCAUUAUAUUUGUAACCAUGGUGGUGACUUAACACCAUUCAAUUUCUUGCUCCAAAAUGGAAUCCAAAUUAAUAAACCUGACGAAAACGGCAAGUUACCCAUUCAUUAUGCUUGUUUGAAAAACGACAUGUACUUAGUAGAAUUGUUGCUUAUGAAUGGUGCCAGAGGUGAUAUUCCAGACGAAAACGGUAAAACUGUCAUCAAUUAUGCCUGCAAAAGUGAAGAGUACGGUCCCUCAAUUUUAAAGUUAUUGUUCCAAAGUGGUUUAAAAAGUGACCAAAGUGUUCUAAUUGACGCCGUUUCACAUCACGGCAUUGAAAUUGUCAAAAUCCUUGUCGAUAAUGCCGAUAUUUCUGACGGAAAUCAGUUGUUACAUCAUGCCUGUAAGAACGAACGAAACGGUUACGAAAUCAUUAAAUUCCUGCUUGGUAAAGGUGUAAAAGUUGAUAAACCUGAUUCAGACGGCAAAUUGUUGAUUCACUUAAUCGCAGAGCGCGGUUGGGCCGAUUUGAUUCAAAAUGACAAUGUGAAUGUGUGUGACAACUGUGGUAAAAUGCCCAUUCACUAUGCCUGCAGUGGUGGGCAUUUUACCAUUGUCGAAGUGUUGAUUCAAAACGGCGCAACGGUGAAUGUGUGUGACAACUGUGGUAAAAUGCCCAUUCACUAUGCCUGCAGUGGUGGGCAUUUUACUAUUGUCGAAGCGUUGAUUCAAAACGGUGCAAAGGUAAAUGUGUGUGAUGAUCGGGGUAAAACGCCCAUUCAUUAUGCCUGCCAAAGUGAAUCAACCGAAAUCGUGGCGUUACUUAUUCAAAAUGGCGCUACUGUGAAUGCUGAAGAUGGGGAAGGCAUAUUACCAAUUUAUUCCUCAACACGGAGCGACAUUAUCAAGUUGCUUAUCCAAAAUGGGGCCAACGUGAAUAUGCCUUAUCCAGACGGAACAUUUUUAAUUCACUUUGCUGCUUUGAGGGGCUGGACAUCAGAUAUUGCAAUGUUUCUAAUUCAGCAAGGAACAGAUUUAAAUAUUUAUGACAAAUACAACCAAACGGCGUUACAUUAUGCUUGUCGUUACGGUCGUCUGGAAAUCACAAAUUUGUUGCUUCAAAAUGGCGCCAAAUUAACUUAUGAUGCAGAUGAUCAAACUCCAAUUCACUACGCUUGUAGGUUAGAUUCUUUUGAUGUUCUCGAGUUGUUUAUCCAAAGUGGUGCAAACAUAAAUAUUCCUGGCAAGUUUGGUAAAAUGCCCAUCCAUAUUGCCUCCGAAUUGGGAAAUAUCGAUAUAUUGAAGAAUUUGAUACAACACGGUUGUGAGAUCGAAAUCCAGGACAAUAAGGGGUUGUAUCCAAUUCAUUACGCUUGUCGCAAUCCAUUUAACGGGGACCAAGUUGUAAAAAUUUUGAUAUUAAACGAAGCAAAUGUGAAUGUGGUUGAUCAUGAUGGCAAAUUUCCAAUACAUUAUGCGUGUCAGAAUGAGGAUUAUGGGUACGAUAUUGUUCGAAUAAUUUUUUCGCGACAAGAUAUCAUUUCGUUAGAGGACUAUAAAACACUUUUCGAUUAUGUCUGCAAAAAUCGUUUGAACGGUUUUGAGAUUGGGAAAUUUUUGAUAAAGAUGUCUUGGCUGGGUGUUGUUAUGGCACUUGUCCAGAAAGGUGUCAAUAGAGAUAUUAUUGAUAGUAAGGGGAGAAGGCGUAUUGACUGUGUGCCCAAAGAUUCCCUGCAUUAUAAGGAGUUUCUGAGAGUGUUGCAAAACACUGAUCAGAUAUAGUUUAAAAAAUGCAGAUAUUAACUAGAGUUUAGUCCUAAAUUAGGUGGUAUUAACAUUUAAACUAGUCUGCAUUUGAACAGAAUUAGUAUAAAAAUAAUAUACAUAAUAGUACGGACUGUUUAUAAAAGAGGAUCUCAGGUUGUUCCGGAAUUUGAAUUUAAUUAUUUUAUUUCUAUGAAAUUUCUGAAAAGUACCUAUUUCUGUCUACUCAGGCAACCAGUGGAACCAACAUUUUCAUAUACUAACAUUGUUUGUCUUUUCUGGAAAGAAACAGCAAACUUUUAAUACCUACUACGAUCCUACAUUCUUUUAUAGACAGAUUGUAUAAGACUACACUACUGUACCUCAAUAAUUUAGUAAGGUACUCGUAUAUAUUCAACAAUUAUGUUUUAGCGAAAUCUUAUUUGCAAUGCAUGUUUUUUCUGUUUACGAUGUUAAAGUUAUCUUUUAUUACUUUAACUUAUCUAAUUUUCAGAAAAUAGUGUCUUGAAGGCAUAUUAAUUAAUUCUGUGCAAUAACUUAUCAUCAAAAAUACAAAUGAUUUCAAAAAAUUAUUCAGAUUAUUAUAUACUGGGCGACUAUUAAUGAUUGUGAUUCUUGACAAUCUUGACAACCAAAUUUAAAUGUCAAAAUUGUACCUAUAUAUAAGCUGUUUCAAAACUAUAAAAACGCCAACGUCGCAUUUUACUAUUUUUUUUUUCAAAUAAGGGUGAUGAAAUUGUAAAAUAGUUAUUAAUUAUUAGAUUUCUGAUUGAAAAUGUAAAUUACAUAAGCUAUUAUUUUUUUGAAGUACAUGAAUAAUUUAUAACAGCGGAUUUUGAGAGAAAAUGCGACGUUGGCAUUUUAAUAAUUUUGAAACAGGUAACAUAUUAAUUAUCAUUCACUUCCGACCUACGAUCGCCUACAUGGCAUAUAACAAGCUAGCAGGGAGGCCAAUAAUACAAUGUUGCCAAUAGAUUUUCCUUCAUAAUUAAAAGUCACCUGGUAUUUAAAAAGACCAAGGCUUAUUUAUUAUACUUGCUUCUUAUUUGUAUGAAGUACGAUAUUUUCCAUAAUUAUUAUAUGCAAGAAAGCUAUUCGAUAACAGCUCGGUAAAUCCUGCUUAGACUUUUGUCUUACUUUUUUAAUUUAUCUUUAAUGAAAUUUUUUACACUAACUUGUUUUAUGUUAAUAAACUUUAUAUAUUCUA